UGUGUGCUGCGAUCCAACCUCAUCCCUCCGACUGCUCCAGCUAACACAACGACCAUUUGUUGCUGAGCUCUCUGUUCGUUUCAUUGGGAUUAAGUCUGUGCGUUAAACACCUAUUUUGUAUGUAUACUUUCCACCAGUCUCAUUAUUGCUCUAAAAUCCAUUAAGACAGCAUCUUUUGUUUCUUCUGAUAAACAGAGUUGUCGUCGUCUGUCUGUCGGGGACACAGACAGGAACAGAGAGAGCAGCUCUUCAGUUGCCAACAUCCACAGCCUACACAGGUUUAAUGUAUCGUCAAUCAGCUCCUGUAAUCUUUACCCAAUUGAUCUUCAGGGUACUUGGCCAGGCAAUCAGUGAGGACAUCGACGUGUAAAUGAUCAGAUUUGUCUGAUGAUGAGGAUGAUACAGAGAAGUGUGACUUUCCUCUGUGUGUUGUUGUUAGGGCUACAGGAUGUAUCAGCUGCUGGCCAAUCAGAAUGCCAGCUAGCAUUUCCUGAGAUGACCAGUGGGUCAGAGGAAACCCAUGCAAACGUGACGGAUUCUCUUGUCCAAAACUGUGAUAUUUAUAGUAACAUCCUUGGCAUGAUGGAAGAGUUAAAUAUCAUUGCCAUAAAAAAAUCUUCCUGCUAUGCCAUGAAAUGGAUUUCCAGACUAGUGGCCAGUAAGUCCCCAUCGGAUCGCUCACGCGGCAUUACCAUCACAUUCCAAAUUGAGGAACAUUUUGACAGCAGCUUGGAGACGGACAGUGAUUCUGGUGAGGAAAGCUUGUCAGGAGAGAAAUCAGCUGGUAGUGUUACCACGACAAUAUGUCAUUCCUCAGGGGUGCGACCAGGAUUUACAGGUCAACAGUCAAUGGCAAUGGUUCAUGUUAAUAACACUGGAGAAAACGGGGUUAAUCCAAACGCUACGGGGAUCCUGUUGGGGACAAACAACAACGUAAACAACAAGAAAGAGCACGGACUGAGUCAUACUCAGGUGGUUGUCAUAGCAACAUGUUCAGCAGUGAUUGGAACUUUCUUCAUUGUGGCUGCUGUAUUGAGAAUAAGGAACUAUAUGAAGCGCUGGAGAGAACAGCAGAUUGUAGCGCCACCAGACUAUCAUCCAUGUCUGGGCCAGCCACCUCGUGGACCACAAAAGGAGUCACAGGAAAUCAUGUCACGAGAAUCUAGCACCAAAAAGACUGCAAGUAGGCAGAGCAGUUCCACAGUAAAAUGUGGUAACCGUUAUUACCCAGUGAACAGCCAUGAUGCCCCCAGCUCACCCACCAUGUCACCAAAGCACUGUUUUCUGGACUCGAACCCAGUACUAGUAGUCACGGCACCAUCACCAAUCCCAACGUCUCCCUCUGACUCUCACGCCUCCAUACAGUUUAUUGACGAGGAGGCGGACAAGGAUGUUUCACCCCAGCCUUGUCCUCAUGCUGAAGUCCCUGUGGAGACAGAAUUACCCCCAGUAAAGUCCCCUAGUCCUAUCAGUGUAGACAGUAUCAGUAGUGAGGGCGAGGUUUGUAAUGAAGACAUGCCCAACCCACAGGUGGCAGCACCUGUCAACACCGAACCACAGGUGGCAGCACCAGUCGAAACAGCACCAACAGCACCAUUGGCAACAGCACCAGUUACGACAGCACCUGUGGUUGCAGCACCCAUGUUAGCUAUAGAGGCGGCACCUGGUGUAGAGCAAGAGAAACUCCUUGGCAACAGAUCUGAUAGUGUAAAUGAGAAUACUGUCAUUCCAAAUCAAGAUGCUAUGAUGUCGUUUGACACUUCACCAACUGAUACAUCCUCUCCUAGUGAUGUAGAGAUGGUAUCUCCAGAACUACUGUUUGUUACCGCGGGUCUUACCCAGUCUGACGAAAGCCUUUCCUGUUCCCACAAUGCAUCUUACUCCUAUGGUAACCAGGUGGAGUACUCCAAUUCACUGUACAACAUGGAAGAUGACUGUUACUAUGACAAUGAGGUCGACAUGGACACCUGUUCCACGACACCUGAUGAGGAUUUAAAACAUAAUGGUUCCUCUGUUACAUCAGAAACAGUGAACAUGAUUUCAAAUGGAUUAACAUCAGAUGAUCCUUCAUCGUCUUUGUCAUCGCCCCCUUCCUCUCCUCAGUCGGAUAAUACAGCACAAACGUGUCAUAACAAUACCCACAACAACAUAGACUCAUGUGGAAACCUUAUCAAUAUGACGUCAUAUCCUGACAAUGUCGUAAGACCACAGUCGCUCAACAGCGACACUCAAAUAUCAACGGACAUCCCCGAUAAUGAAUUAAUCCAAUCUCAUGUCCACUCUCAAAUGAACUCCUCCGGGAACGGGACUGUUGCUACAGACAAUCGCACGUGUGAAACGUAGUGACGUUUGUGUGGUUAUCUAUCUUCUGAUGUGAUUGAAGGAAUAAUAAUGACUUUAUGAUACUGUAUUGUAGUAAUAAAUUAAUCAUCUACUCACAUUCCCUAAGGAGGGAAAGUGUAUGUAAUGGCACAAUGUCUGUGGUCUUGUGUUCUGGCAUUAACUUUUAAAACUUCUUCUAAAUAACCACCAGAUUUGAUCUGUAACUAAAUUAUUUUAUUCGGCCUGUUAUUAUGCUGCUCUUAAGUUUAUCACCUUGGUAUGUCAUUUCUGCGAGUUCAAAGGCGCUAAAACAUGUCCAUGGGCGGGACAUCUCGUACAAUCUCACCCGUGGACAAAAGGUCAAGCUUGAUGAUCUGAAGUACUGAGGAGGUCAAGGUCGAUGAUCUGUAUACAUAGUAACCAGGUGAAGGUUGAUGUUCUGUAGUACCCAGGAGGUCAAGGUCGAUGAUCUGUAUACAUAGUAACCAGGUGAAGGUUGAUGAUCUGUAGUACCCAGGAGGUCCAGGUCGAUGAUCUGUAUACUUAGUAACAAGGUCAAAGGUAAUGAUCUGUAAUAACCCAAAGGUCAAGCUUGAUCAUCUGUAUACAUAGUAACCAGGGCAAAGAUGAUGAUCCGUAGUAGUCAAAAGGUCAAGGAUGAUGAUCUGUAGACAUAGUAACCAUGCAGGUAAAGGAUGAUCUGUAGAAACCAAAAGGUCAAAGUUGAUGAUCUGAAGAAAUAGUUGAUGAUCUGUAGAAACCAAAAGGUCAAGGUUGAUGAUCUGUAGAAAACAAAAAGGUCAAGGAUGAUGAUGUGAAGAAAACAAGAGUUUAGGAUGAUGAUGUGCAGUAAACAUAAGGUCAGGGCAUGAUAGUUUUGGUCAGCAGCAUUCAGUGUGAGAUAGACUGGCUUCUUAUUAAGGUAAUGACCUUGGUUUGUUAAAAGAUUUUAGAUGUGAAAAGUAGUUUGCCUGUGCAGCAUUGUAUAACACUGGUGAGCAAUGCAGGCCCAAUGGACAUCUUACUUCAUUUCCAUUAAAAAUAUGUUUUUAUUUUCACAGUGGAUCAUAAUGAUAACUUGAAAAAGUAUGGCGAAUCAUAAUGCCUGGUAUUUUUUGGGAUAUGACAAUGUAAUAUAAGUACAUACACUCUAGACAGUGAUGAUAGCCGUAAAGUUAAUGAUACAUAGACAGUUUUCCCAAAUGAGAUAUGUUUUCACGUGAUAAGUGAGAACAGUGGAUCAGUUACAGAAACACAAUGUUCGAAAAGAAAACAAAUUGGAAAUCGGAUAUAAAAAGUGAGAUGCUUCAGCAAGUGUAAGGGAUAUCUUGGAAAUGGUUUUACGAUAAACAGGAUCUGUAUGAGAUGUCAAGCUUUUAGAAUCAUUGAAUUUUUGUACUUUUGUAAAGCACUUACGAUAGACGUUGGGAGAAGUCAGCAAUAUCUAUAUCACUUAAGUGUUUGGUUGUUCUGGUUCUACUCAAUCUCCUGUGUAUAUAUAACAUCAAACUUUACACAAGUCUUAUGUUCUAACACCGAUGAUUGAUUUUUAAAAUGUUUCACCUGGUCUAGUGUACUUGUAAUAGGACACUGGUGUUUCAAGUAUAGUUAGCUUGUAAUGACCAAGUCAAACUGUAGGCGUGACAGUUUUAAGGAUUAUUCUUGAACAAAGUAAGAAUUUGUUUAAGUAAACAAGAAAACAUUCUUGAAAAGGGGGAUUAAAUCUUGGCGCCACAUGUGGAGUCACCGCUAUUAUAUCUGAUUUUGUUUUGAUGUCUCCUUGGAUCAAAUCCUGUCGUUAAUUUAUUAUUGAUUGUUACCAUAUUCAACCUAAUAAGCACACUGCAUGCUUACAAAACACAAAAGGAAUACACUUAAUAAAGCCAUGUACAAAGAAAAAUUUGGGAAUUGGAAAAAAAUGAUAUUUUUUUUAUUUACCUACCAUUAUGUAGCAAAAGCAAUCUAGUCUUUGGUUAAAAGUCUGAUGAUGAUAUUGGCAGAUCAGCGAGGUAAGGAACUUUAUUAUAUGUUCCAAUUAACACACCUAUCCUCUUUUCCUGAAAAAACUGUGUUUAUAGGGGCAGGUGUGCUUAUUAGGCCUAAUACGGUAAUUCAGAUUUAUUUGUAGUAUAAGUACAAUUUACUGACUGGAAAAAAGACAUUUGUUUGUAGUAAGGUUGCCAGAGAGCUGUGAUGUUAUAUGUAUAUAUUACUAUACAAUGUAUAUAUUACUUUAUGUGUCAAAAAAGUCAUGUCUACAGUAAAAUUUCAUAUUACACUGGAUUACAAAUUAACUUCUGGAGGAUACUGAUCAAUGUUUGGUGGUAUGAUGUACAGUGGGACUUCAUUAUUUCAAAGUCAAUGGGCCAUGAACAAAUUCUGAGAUAUCCAGAUUGUUUUAGGUAAACAAGUAUAUAUUACAUAGGAUUUUCAAGGCCAGAACUGAAUGUUUACUUAGAGUUAAACAGCUAAGGUCAUUGACUUCCCAGAGUUCGAGUUAACAAGGUUUGACUGUAUUUAGGAUUAAGGACGUAAUUUCAUGCAAAAAAUAACUGCACUUGAUCUUUUCAUACUUGAUUGAGUUUGACGUCUGUCAUUUUUAGGUCAACUCUGACAAAGCCUCAAGUGACCUAUUGAAAUCACCUUUUGUCCUUUAUCAUCAUGCGUCCAUAAAUACAUGUAUAAGCAAUAUACAUUUUCUGCUUCUCAAAUACCCUGAACCAACAUUAAUGGUAUUUUGCACGAAACAUCCAUGACCAUAACCUGCCUCGUAGGGAAGGACAGUUGGCCAGGGUACAGAACCCAGCCAUAACCUGCCUCGUAGGGACGGACGGUUGGCAAGGGUACAGAACCCAGCCAUAACCUGCCUCGUAGGGAAGGAUGGUCGGCCAGGGUACAGAACCCAGCCAUAACCUUCCUUGCAGGGACGGAUGGUCGGCCAGGGUACAGAAUCCAGCCAUAACUUUCCUGCUAGGGAAGGACGGUCGGUCAGGGUACAGAAUUACCCAGCCAUAACCUUCCUUGCAGGGACGGAUGGUCGGCCAGGGUAAAGAACCGAGUCAUAACCUUCCUCCCAGGGAAGGACGGUCGGUCAGGGUACAGAAUUACCCAGCCAUAACCUGCCUCUUAGGGAAAGAUGGUUGGCCAGGGUACAGAACCCAGCCAUAACCUUCCUCUUAGGGAAAGAUGGUUGGCCAGGGUACAGAACCCAGCCAUAACCUUCCUAGUAAGGAAAGCAUCAAAUAGAAUCAAAUGGUUACAUGACACUUGAUCAAAUAAAUAACAUCAGAUGGUAGGGCAAAGGAUAUAUCAAUUUACUAGUGGAGAGGCAGCAAACACAGACAUGGCCAAGUGAACAUCAUAGGUAGGAUGAAAUAGACAUAGAAACCAAUCAGCAGGGCCCAGCAUGCUAAGGGCUCUUCCAAAUACCUUCAUUGACAACUUUACAAGAAAGGUGUAUCACGUCACAUGUCUCCUAAAGGACUGGACAUCAACAACAUAUCCCAGCUAAUAGAUAUAACCAGACUGGAUCUAGAAUUGAUAAGGGUCCGACUAAUUAAAACAUCACCCAUCCCUCAGACUGCCUACAGUAUCAGAGCGUUAUUGGCUCUCUAUCUUUUUACUCUUUGCCUGAGAAAGGCAACAGACUUCAUGAAAGCCUUUAGUUUUCAAUCUGUGGUUGUGUUUGAAGAUAAUUAACAUAUCUUUGAAAAUUGGUCAAGAAUCCAUUGGCUUUAUAAAGGGAGAACUAUAACACUUAAGCUCAUUGAUGAGAAGGCAAGAAUACUGCGAAGAAAACAACAAACUCAAUUAGGACAAUUGUUGUGUACCAGUAGCAGAUAAUUCUCCGUCAGCAUGCACGCAAGUCAGGCAAAAGUGGUCUCCCAUGGGGUGUCAUUUCUUCUGGUCGUCACGGAUACCAAUAAAGGACACUUGGUAUACUCUUUACAGUGACGUUUGAUGAAACACAGUUUAUAGACAUUGAUGCAAUUUAUAUCAAUUUAGGGAGCACUCGUUACUAAUUACAACCCAGUAAAUGCGUUGGGUACAACGUUCUUAAAUUCUGACACUAUGGAAACUAAUCACCAGCUUUCGUGAUUCUGUAAGGUCAUACUGGUGAUGCCCUGCAUUUCAGGGUAAUUACAUCACAUCAGAAACUUUUGUAUACAUUAUAUAGAUAUACCAUUAACAUUCUAAUGAUUGCUGCCAUAAGAGUUUACAUUUUUUGCGCGACUUAAUUCUGCAAAUUUGAAGCUCCCAUGUAUGUACAAGAAAGCGUUAGUAGCUAGGUCACUUCCAGUUAAAUGUUCUGGCCAUUCCGAAUAACUAUCACAAGAUAUUUUCUCCGAUAUCAAAUUGAUUCUGUUCAGGAAAAAGUAUUUUUUUCUGCUAAAGCAUGAUUUAGUUUUGUCUAUUGAGUUAAAGAUGAACAUACAGUAUGGAUGUAUUGGAAGUUCAACUUGCUAUUCAUAAACAAAUUAAUAUUUAAUGGUAA